ACACACACACACACUCACACACUCAAAUUACACCUCACGACUUUGGGUUUGCAGAGGAAUCAUUGGUGGGAGGAGAGAGAAGAGACUUGACAGAGGAGGACCACUGGGGGGGGGAGAGUCCCACAAUGGGAAAGAAACCUCUUACCAAAAGGUCUCGACGCUAUGUUGGGGCUGACGGUGCUGUAUGUCAGUGUCCUGUGCUCCCUGUCCCGGGGCUUCUACACCGGUCCCCUCUUCCCGGAGAUGUCCAACGGCACUCUGCACCACUACUUCGUGCCGGACGGGGACUACGAGGAGAACGACGACCCGGAGCAGUGUCAGAUGCUCUUCAAGGUGUCGGACGACCGCCGGUGCGGGCUGGAAGCCGACCUGGAGACCUUCCUGAGGGAGGAGAUGAGCACCGUCCAGCGCCGGGUGGAGGACGCCGAGCGGCUGCUGGAGGGCAUCGGGAAGAGCAUCGCCUACGACCUGGACGGGGAGGACAACUACGGGGAGUACCUGCGCCGGGAGGCCGGGCAGAUCGGGGAGGCUUUCUCCCACUCCGACCGGUCGCUGGUGGAGCUGGAGAUGAAGUUCCGCCAGAGCCAGGACAGCGAGGUGAGGGAGGUGAACAAGGUCAACGAGGAGGUGGUGACCAUGCUGUACAGCACCAGGGAGAUCCUGAGGGAGACGCUCGACAUCUCCUCCGGGCUCAAGGACAAGCACGAGCUCCUCACCCUCAUCGUCAGGAGCCACGGGACGAGGCUCAGCCGACUCAAGAACGACUUCAUGCGAGGCUAGGGCUCACCCCCUCACCCCCCUCACCUCACCCCUCACCUCACCCCUCACUC